AUGUAUACAACGCUGAUAUCGACAAGGACGGCACGGUCACCGACAAGGAUAACACCGACACGGACGGCACUGACACCGACACGGAGGACACUGACACCGACAGGGACGACACUGACACGGACGGCACUGACACCGACAUGGACGACACUGACACCGACAGGGACGACACCGACACGGACGGCACUGACACCGAGACGGACGACACCGACAAGGACGACACUUACACCGUCGAGGAUGACACUAACACAGACAGGAACGACGCUGUUACCGACACGAACGACGCAACACCGUCAAGGUCACCGUGAUACCGACAAUGAUGACGCUGAUACCGACACAAACGACGCGGACACCGAAAAAAAAGAUACUGACACCGACACGGACGACACUGACACCGACUCGGACGGCACUGACAUCGACACGAACGGCACUGACACUGACACGGACGGCACAGACAUCGAAUAUAACGACACUGACACCGACACAGACGGCACUGACACAGACACGGACGACACUGAUACCGACACGGACGACACUGACACCGACAAGGAUGACACCGACACCGAAAAGAACGACACUGACACCGACACGGACGGCACUGGCACCGACACGGACGACACCGACACCGACAAGGACGGCACGAACAUCGAAAAGAACGACACGGACACCAACACUAACGACACUGACACCGAAAAGAACGACACGGACACUGAAAAGAACGACACUGACACCGACACGAACGGCACUGACAUCGACACGGACGGCACUGACACCGACAAGGAUGGCUCGGACAUCGAAAAGAACAGCACUGACACCAACACGGACGGCACUGACACCGACUAG